AGUUGGCUAAACGUCACGUACUGCGCUGACCUCAAACGUUUCAUCCAAUAGGAGUGCGCGAUAUAUACUCUGUUUCACUUUACCACUCCGAAAUUGAACAUUCCAAAGGCCGGUCUCCUCCUUCGCGGUGUUCUUUGUUGUCGCUCGCCGCACCUAAACCAAUACAAAAUGCUGUCUGCCGCUAGAUUGAUCGCCCCUGCUGCCAGGUCUGCUAUCUUCAGCAACACAGCGCUGGUCCGACCACUGGCUGCUGUCCCAUCCCAGACACAGAUUGUGCCCGCUGCCCCCGCCCAGCUCUCAGCAGUCCGCUCCUUCCAGACCACAGCAGUCUCGAAAGACAUUGACUCUGCUGCCAAAUUCAUCGGUGCUGGUGCCGCGACAGUCGGAGUAGCAGGCUCUGGUGCUGGUAUUGGAACGGUGUUCGGCUCCCUGAUCAUCGGCUACGCCAGGAACCCAUCCCUCAAGCAGCAGCUGUUCUCAUACGCCAUCCUGGGUUUCGCCCUGUCUGAGGCUAUGGGUCUCUUCUGUCUUAUGAUGGCGUUCCUGCUGCUGUUCGCUUUCUAAGCCGUUUACUUUAUAAGAACACUACAACUGCCACCAAACUGAAGAGGUUUCAAGUGUAAUAUCUUUUAGGGGUCGGCCAUGGAAUCGAAUGUGUGGAAACCUCACCCUCAUAGUGAUGCAAGGACUGAAAUAAUGUGUUACACUUGUCAGUGCGCGUCAUCAGGAAUGCAAUUAUUUAAUUAUGUAGUAUAAAUGAAAAUGUGCAAAUAAAAUGUUGUACGUAAACAUUAACUUGGAUGCUGCAAUUAUUUCUAUUCCUGAUUUUUGGUAGACUGUUUCUCUGAAUCAUGUUAUUCAUAUAUCUCGAGUUUAAUGUUGAGAAGUCGAUGCUAAAUUUACUAAGCCAGUGAAUGCGUGUAUGCGUGUACGAAUUUUCAUCGACUUUAUAAAUGCGUUAUCCUGUUCGAGAAUGUCAGCAAUAUGUAUUGUACAUUUUUAGGGCGAUUAAAUGAUACUAAACACUCCCA